UUUACUUAAAUUAUUAUGUCUGUUGAAGAAAACAGAAUGGAUGUUCUGGAAUCGAUUUUGUUCAUGAUGGAUCAAUCCAAUGCCAGUUCUGAAGAAGAGUUAGUUCAGUUGGCUGACUUAGUUUCUGAGGAUAAAAUCGUUGAAAAUAUCAAGACUGAGAGUGUGCCCUUCGAGUUUGUUGAGCCAGAAGCCCAAGAAUGUGUGGUUUGUGUUGCAAGAAGCUUUGAGAGUUUUGACAUCAAUACUACCCAAACAGCUGCUUCUGGGACAUCAUUGCAUUCUUUCCUGAGUAGAUUCACCAACACUGAGUUACCAUUUUGUUCAGAAUUUGUAAGAUAUAUCUGCAAAACAUGCCUUGAUCUUGUGAAUGUCCUGGACCGAGCAGAACAGGAGUAUUUAAAACUAAGAGCUGAUUUCCAUUCUAUCAUCCGCAAGAAUCCGCUGUUUUGCCUGCCACCACAAGACAAUUUGGACUGUUUGAAGAUAGAUGGUGAUGAUUCUGAGGAGGAAACUAACAAAAAGGAAGAAAGGGACAUAAGGAAUGAAGAUAUUUACAAUGGAGAAUUUGCUAGUGGUGAAGACCCUAUGAACUAUGACAUCAAUUUAUUUGUUCCGAGGACACUUCUUGCCGGAAUUGAGCAGCCUUUUCCUGGGCCUUUUUGUAUGACACCAUCCCAGCUGAACAUGAAUUUACCAGAUGACAAUGGACAGUCUAAAGAUGGCGCUGCUAGUCUUGGAUUGGAACCAGAAAUCAUAAUUAAAACUGGACAAAAAUUAACAAACAGGAAACGAAAACCUCCUGGUGAGAAAUUUCCUGAAUGUCCCAUAUGUAAACGUCAAAUACUUCGAAAGUAUUUCGCUGAACAUAUAAGAUCGCACACCGGCGAGAAACCUUUCGAAUGUAGUUUUUGCAAACGUCGAUUUAGUCGGAAGGGAAAUUUACAAGACCACAUACGAACUCAUACUGGUGAGAAACGUUUCGAAUGUGAGAUUUGUCAUCGUAACUUUUAUCAGAAUUAUCAUCUGCAAAGUCACUUAAGAACUCACACUGGUGAAAAACCCCAUCAGUGCCAGGUCUGUGAGGUUCGAUUUACCCAUAAGGAAAAUCUUCAAAGACAUUUGAAGACGCACACUGGAGAGAUGCCACACGAGUGUAAGGUCUGUCAUCGUCGAUUUAAUCGAAAAGCUCAUUUAGACAUUCAUGAACGAACACAUACUGGUGAGAAACCGUUUGAAUGCACAAUUUGUAAUCAACGGUACAAUCAAAAAAGUCAUUUAAGAAUUCACCUUAAAAUGCAUAGUGGCGCGAAGCUUCAUGAAUGUGAAAUUUGCCAACGUCAAUUUGAGUACAAACAUAAUUUGCAAACUCAUUUAAGAACACAUACUGGUGAGAAACCAUUUGAAUGUAUGAUUUGCCAUCAGCGGUUUGGUCGUAAUGAUCAUUUACAGAGACAUGUGGGAUGUAAACACGCUGGUAGUAAAGAAUAAAUUGUAAUAUAAUUUUUUAUUUUAGACAAAUGUACUUAGGAAUUAGGUGUGUAAAUCAUGUAUUGUUAAUGUAGGUACAUAAGAUAAAAUUAUGUUAUUGACUCUAUGCUUACUGUUAGGGUUUCAGUUUUUUUAACACAAGAGCUAUAAGUUAGCUCAACUAUCAUCAAUUCAAGUAUCAUAUUAUCUACAGUCUGUCUGGGUAUUCCGUGUUGCCACAUUCUUAAAUCCUAUUAUAAGAAAUAUGUCUGUAUAACUGACUGCUUGAAUAUUACUUAAGAUCCUGUUAUAAGAUUAAUGUGUAUGAAAAACAAGUUUCGAAGAGAUGCGCAGACUAGUCUAUCCAAUGAGCGCCCUGUAAAUGCAAUGAUGGCAAUCGUCGAUUUUGUUUUUAGAGUAAUGUAAAACACAUUUGCAAACGCAUAUUGGCGAGACACCAUUCAAGUGCAGUAUUUGUCUUUUAAAAAAAGGUCAUAUAUCAUGAACUAACAACUCAUUUACUAAGUCCUCAAAAAGGAGAAGCUGAGAAAAAAAGGCUAGCCAAAGAAACUGUUAUAUUUAAACAUGACUAUCAUAGAGGUCCUGAUACACACCUUUUAAAUGCCAUAUUUGUAAUUAUUAAUAUAAUACCUUUACAUACAUACAUAUUCUGGCGAGAAGCCUUUCAAUGUGCAAUCUGUCUAACGCUGUUGAAUCAAAAGGCUCAAUUGAAAAUACACACUGGAAAGAAACCGUAUGAAUACAUUAUCUGUCGACGUCAGUUUAACCAAAGAUCUCUGCAAGAACAUUUGUGGAUUUACACGGGCGAAAUGCCUAUGAAUAUGAGGUAAAUAACCGGGUGGAGCCGCAGGCGUCGUCUAAUGGUGACUAAAAUCUUAGUUACAAUAAUUUAAUAUUUUUUUUAUAAACUUAAAGUUAUAUUUUAAUAACGUUGUCAACUCAAACAUGUGAAUGAAUAAUUAUUCAUAUAAUUAGAUAAAUUGGAACAAUUCCUCGCGCUAAACCUUAAGAACAACGCGGGAUUCCGUCCGUGUUAACGAAAGCCGCGUUGCUCUAAGCGCUUACUUAAACUAUACAUCGAUAUGAAGUCUUGUAUGUUUCAGAUUUGGCACUUACUGCAAGUCAUAAUUUAAAAAGAUGUGACAUUAAAAUGGAAAACAAUAUUCGAUUUUUGAAUACCAAUUAACUAAUAGGUUUAAGGAAUAUUAUAUUUUUAAGAUAUCGCUUUUCUUUAUUAUUUAGUUAAUUAUAUAUUAAGGCUUCAUACUGUUAUAUUUACACGUCAGUGUAAUUUAUUACACAUUGUAAUUUUUAGAAGAAGUAAAAACUUUAAAAUUUAUUUAAUUGAACUUAAAAAUUAUGGACUGCUUCAUGAGUAGGUAAAUUUAAGGUAUUGCAUUUAAUCAUAUGAAUAUUGGACUAUAGGUGACAUAGCUACUUAUGUCCAUUUUACUAUGAAAUAAA